AUGCGAUGCGCCGCUGAGGCUGUCGCUCGAGUCUCCAGGUUCACGCGCGCGGUCCAAGCCCGUCCCCGAACCCGCGCGCAUCGUCUCACCCCCCGCGCGGAGGCGUCGACAGAGACGGGCGGAUCCCCCGAAGGGACGAUGCUGCUCCUCGGUUUGACGGGCUCGAUAGGGAUGGGCAAGAGCGCGGUGUCGUCCAUGCUGACCGAGAAACUCCGCGUGCCCGUGCUCGACUCCGACGCCGUGGUUCACGAGCUCUACUCCCCGGGCGGCGACGCCGUCGAACCCGUCGCCGCGCUGUUCCCGGGCGUCGUCGACCCCGACGGCGGCAUCUCCAGGCCCGAGCUCGGCAAGUUCGUCCUGGGACCCGACAACGAAGCCGCCAUGGCGGCGCUGGAGGCGGUGGUCCACCCGCUCGUCGACGCCGCGAGGUGGAAAUUCCUGGACGACGCGGACAAAGCGGGCGAAACCCUCGUCGUCCUCGACAUACCGCUGCUGUACGAGAAAGGGUACGAGAACACCGUGGACUUGGUUGUCGUGGUCAGCGCCGGGUCGACGGAGACGCAGCGGAAUAGAGUCCUCGCGAGGCCGGGGAUGACGCCGGAAAAGUUCGAGGCGAUCGUCGCGAGGCAGGUUCCGGACGAGGAGAAGCGUUCGAGGGCGGAUUUCGUGAUCGACACCGGGUGCUCGCUGGCGGAGACGGAGCGCGCGGUGGGAGCGUUGGUGGCGGAGCUGAGGUCGACGGGCGCGGGGCGGGCGGCGGUUUGGAGCCGGAUGAAAGCCGAGCGGCGGGGGUGA